AUGAAUUACAACAUUCAUUACCAAAUACUGUGCCGGGCGGGGCCGAACAGUGCCAGGCUUCAGUUCCCGGUGGCGGCCCGGCUGGCGCUACCGACAUUCAGCAACGUGGCAGACGGGUCCCAUGUGUCGACUGAUGAGACGGAUCUCACCGGAAUGGUGCUACGGGCGAUCCUGACGCAGCAGUUCAACUGGGCCGGGACGGUGUCGAAGCUAUUGUCGACGUCGGCUGCAACGCAUAAGGAGGUAUCCCUGGUGGCUUUUGGGCAGGACCGGUACAUUCCUCCGACAAUAGCACGACUGAAGAAAUGCGGUUAG